AUGGAACAUGGUCACCCGGACUCCGGCCACUGUGCGCAAGCAGUGGAGAUUUGGACAGACCCCCGGGCCUGCGCUCCACCGCGAGCCAAGCACGGGCGUGAGAUCAUCGGCUCCCCUCCCUCACGACCGUUCAACAGUGGAUUCGAUGUGACCACUGACCGGGCCAGCAAGGUCUAUCCGACCAGGGGAAGAGCAAAGGGAGGGGUGCCAGCGCCGCAAAACGACAUCAUCGAGACGUCGAUCCCCGCGCUGUGCACGUCAUGUCUCGUGAUUAUCCUUGUGCCCCCGAGCCAUCGUCGCCCAACCUCCCAGUCGUACAUGGUACCACUGGUCUCCAUCUGCGGGCAGGGUUUCUGCGCGAGACUGCACUCCAAGUUCAACACCGACGGCGUGGUCAUCUCCACUUGGUUCCAGCAUCAGCAGGAUAAGGGGAAUACAGCAUUGGCUAUCACGAAAGAUAGGGAAAGAACAAGGUGCGAUGCCACGCAUUCCCCUAAACGCCCCCUUCCCAACCCUCCCACGAGUGAGAUUCGGGAUCUCUCAGUAGCCGCAGACCCCGGAGGGGAGAUAGCCCGCGCAGUGCCCCCAAGCAAGAUCGGGCCUGGUCAAAGAAAGCCGUGGACCGCAACCAGGGGAAACAGAGCAGGUCGGACCCAGUGCGACGGCCGGUCUGGGCCCUUCAAGGACCGCGGACCACCAGCGCGCAUCGCAAGCGCAGGGCCAAAUCCACUGUCCGGCCACCCCCCUUUUCACCCGCCACUCCGGGCCCGGUGUCAUGUUGCAUGGAUUCGGUUCUUCUGA